CUAUCAUGAGAAGUGCAUUCUGGGUGAAUUCAAUAUGGCGGCGCGCUUGUAGCCUCAAGAUAAUGAACUAAUUUGUGUUCGUUUUUAUAAAGAUAGGCGUUAACAUGUGGUAUUGGUGGCGAGUAAGCUUUUCUGCACCAGUGAAGUCACUGUCGCUACAUCUGCAGUGUAAUAAAACGGCUGGUUUAUGGAAAUAUUCACGAUUGCAUUCAUCUUUGGGAUCCAAUGGUUUGUGCGUCUCACGUCAACAUGGGAAUGUCGUCAGUCGCUUGUGGAGCUUGGCUCAUAGAGCUCUGCGACAGUCAGCCACGAAAGCAUCCAAACGCUCUGGUGUGACACUGAGGUUCAUCUUCACGCCAGCUGUGCUUACGGUGUCUGGGCGACUGUUUUGCCACACCGCGUACUGCAAGGAAGAUGUGAACAACAACAUCCCAGUAGAGACUGUGAACAAAAAUCCAGAGUUCAAAUGGCACAUUCUGUGGGAGUUUGUGAAGCCUCAGCUGUUUGCGGUCACAUGUGCUGUCGUGCUGGCUUUUGGUGCAGCCAUUUUAAACAUUCAAAUCCCUCUAAUGCUGGGGGAGCUGGUGAAUGUCGUGGCACGCUACCUGAUAGAACAAACUGGGAAUUAUAUCAGUGAAAUAAGAGGACCUGCUUUUAAAUUGCUUGGACUGUACGGCAUCCAAGGCUUGUUAACAAGCGGCUACAUCAUCCUGCUCUCAAGGAUCGGAGAAAGGGUGGCAGCCGACAUGAGGAAAACCCUUUUUGCGUCACUACUGAGGCAAGACGUGGCGUUCUUUGACGCUAACAAAACUGGACAACUGGUGAAUCGCUUAACAGCUGACAUUCAGGAGUUCAAGUCUUCUUUUAAGUUGGUCAUCUCUCAGGGUCUGCGGAGUAUCACACAGACAGUCGGAUGCUUUGUGUCGCUUUACAUCAUCUCUCCAAAACUCACAGGCUUGACCGUGGUGGUGCUCCCCUGUCUAGUAUUGGCAGGGGCUCUCAUCGGCUCAUUCCUCCGCAGACUUUCCCGUUUGGCUCAAGAACAGGUUGCUAAAGCCACCGGAGUGGCGGAUGAGGCUCUAGGUAAUGUACGGACAGUGAAAGCCUUUGCCAUGGAGGAGCGGGAGCUACAGUUGUACGCAUAUGAAGUUGAAAAGUCUUGUGAAAUGAAUGAAAAUCUUGGGACUGGAAUUGCUGUCUUCCAGGGACUUUCAAACAUUGCCCUCAACUGCAUUGUUCUGGGAACUAUUUUUGCUGGGGGAACUCUCAUUUCGAGCAAUGAAAUGUCACCUGGAGACCUCAUGUCCUUCUUGGUUGCUUCCCAGACGGUGCAGAGGUCCUUAGCCAGUAUCUCUAUACUUUUUGGGCAAAUGGUGAGAGGAACAAGCGCUGGUGCUCGUGUUUUUGAAUAUUUGUCGUUGAAGCCUACCAUUCCUCUUUCCGGCGGGGGACGCAUCCCGUAUCAUUCUCUGGCAGGAAGAGUUGAUUUUCUCAACAUUUCAUUCAGCUAUCCAACACGACCAGGCCAUAUAAUUUUGGACAGGUUCAACCUAACAUUGCCACCUAGCAAAACAAUUGCCAUUGUCGGGGAAUCUGGAGGAGGCAAGUCCACAGUAGCAGCUUUAUUGGAGCGUUUCUAUGACCCGACGAGUGGGGUGGUAAUGUUGGACGGACUCGACAUUCGAACCCUUGAUCUUUGCUGGCUCAGGGGACAAGUUAUUGGAUUUAUCAAUCAAGAGCCUGUUUUGUUUGGAACGUCUAUCAUGGAGAACAUCCGCUUCGGGAAGCCCGAGGCCACCGACGCCGAAGUCUUUGAGGCUGCCAGGCAAGCCAAUGCUCACCGCUUCAUUACCAGUUUCCCAGAUGGCUACAACACCGUGCUCGGCGAACGUGGUGUGACAUUAUCAGGAGGCCAGAAACAGCGUGUCGCGAUCGCCCGGGCCCUCAUUAAGAAUCCGAGCAUCCUGGUGCUGGACGAGGCCACCAGCGCCUUAGAUGCUGAGUCGGAACGUGUGGUUCAGGAGGCUCUGGACCUGGCCACCCGGGGCCGUACUGUGCUCAUCAUCGCCCACCGCCUGAGCACCAUACAGUCGGCUGACCUCAUCUGCGUCAUGAGCAACGGGCGCAUUAUAGAAGCUGGAACUCACACGGAACUGCUGGGCCGAGGCGGACUGUAUUGCGACCUGAUCCGAAGGCAAAGAGCAGAGGGACAGAAAUGAACCGUACUCAAUCUGUUUAUAAAUGUUAAUUAUAGGGCGACAUGGUCGACUGGCCUCACAUUGUAGAGGUGCAGGGUUCGAUUCCGGCUCCGGCCUCCCUGUGUGCAGUUUGCAUGUUCUCACCAUGCAUGCGUGGGUUUUCUCCCGGUAUUCCGGUUUCCUCCCACAUUCCAAAAACAUACACGUAAGUUAAUGGAACACUCCAAAUUGUCCCUAGCUGUUAAUGUGAGCACGAAUGGUUGUUCGUCUACGUUGUGCCCUGCGAUAGGCUGGCAACCAGUUCAGGGUGUACCCUGUCUACUGUCCAAAGACACCUGGAAUAGGCUCCAUCGUGCCCGUGACCCUCGUGAGGAUAAGUGGAUUCGAAAAUGGAUGGAUGGACUUUAAUUUUACAUUACCUCAGUCAAAUGAUUUAUAAACGAUAAGAAGUUGUUGUUUUUAAUUAAAGUUAGGUAACUGGACCAGAUGUGGGGGAAAACACACUACUAUGAUGUCUUUAAGAUUUCUUAAAUUGUUUACCUCAAUCCAAAGCUUAGUCUACAUGAUUUAUGAAUAAAAUGUUUUAAUGAAAUUGUGACAA